AUGUCAAUAGUCCGGCUCUCAGCCAGCCGUUGUGUACAGCUAUUCAAGUGUCGAUGGUGGAUCUCCUCCGGCUCCUCCGGAGUUUCGAAAUAUUUCCCCAUCACGUUCUGGGCCAUUCGUCUGGAGAAAUUGCUGCAGCAUAUGUAACCCUCAGUUACCCAACGGAUGGAAUUUGCUAACCAAAUACAGGUACUGCACAGGAGCGCUUGAUCGGAGAUCAGCAAUAAAAGUAUCUUACUAUCGAGGCAUUCUUACCAGUCGAUUUGCUCAAGAAUACCCCGUCGGUCUCGGUAUGCUUGCUGUUGGUCUACCUGAAAACGAGGUCCACCAAUAUAUCACGACCACCAUUAGAAUGUUUCCGAAUCCUCAACUGUCCAUCGGUUGCAUUAACAGGCCCAAAAGCGUUACGAUAACCGGGCACGAAGAUCAGAUUAUGGCGUUGAAUGAGUUACUGGAUGAGGAUCACAUAUUCGCUCGGAAAUUGGCCGUUAAAGUUGCUUAUCACUCUCCGAUCCUGAAAAAGAUAGUACCAGAGUACAUUGCUGUACUGGGGAACUUGUCAAACAACGAUAACCCAGAAAUUGUACAUAUGACAUCGUCAGUGACAGGUGAAGCUACGUCUUUUGAGGAACUCAGACUCGCUUCUUACUGGGCGAGGAAUCUCACAUCACCUGUGAACUUCGCCCAGGCAAUGACCCGACUUUGCAAUUUACAAGAAAUUGACAGUAUCAUUGAAAUUGGACCACAUUCUGCUCUACAAGCACCUAUUAAGGAGAGUAUCAGAACGAUGAAGAAAGAAGAUUUGGUAGAUUAUACCUCGGCACUUGCCCGCUCGGUUCCAGCAACUGAAUCCUUAUUAAACGCUGUGGGUCGCUUAUACUGUCGGGGCCAUUCCAUGAAUUUGUCAACUAUCAAUUUCCCAUAUGGUAGUGCAACACCGGGUCUCUUGCACAACCUGCCAGAAUACUCAUUCGACCACUCUCGCACCUACUGGCGGGAGUCCAGAAUCAGCCGAGAUUACAGACUGCGACAGCAGCCAUUCAAUCCAUUCCUUGGUUUCCCGGCCCCAGAUUGGAAUCCUCUACACGCCAUCUGGCGUCGCAAGAUUAGAUUAUCGGAGAGCAGUUGGCUUAAAGACCAUAAGGUAAGCGUUUUCAGCUACAACCUAGAAAUGAAUUACGAAAGACUGACAAUUCGGAUUAG